AGGCCGCCUAUUGAGCUGUAGUGUCAUGUGAAUGGCUGCUUCAGGGCACUUCCUCUUUCUGCUGGUGCAUGUCAGGACUGUAUUUGCUGUGCGGAGCAAGAAGCAUCUAUAGGUUAACCACUGCAGACCCUUGGAGUGGGUGCAGCAUUCAUCCACAAUGGCACACACAUAUAUGUGUUUUCUCUUCGCAUGUGUUGCUGUAGUGCCACUGGUGACAGCUUCAGGAAUAUUAGUCAACCGACGACAAUGGAGGAUCACAUCAAUUAAUGGUUUCUCAUGGGCCAAUUGUGAUGCGGAGACUCUACCUGGUAAAAUAAAAACUCUUACUAUCCUACCUGACCCUUUAAUUAUCCCUGGAGAAAUGACAGUGUCUACCAUCUUGAAUACAACUGUACCACUGACCGCUCCAGUCAAGAUACAAGUUACAGCAGAGAAAAAAGUGAUGGGCGAGUGGUUGAAGAUUCCCUGCUUGGAUAAUUUAGGAAGCUGCAACUAUGAUGAUUUUUGUGACCUUUUGGAUCAGUUAAUUCUGCCGGGGCAGCCAUGUCCAGAACCUCUGCACACUUAUGGACUACCGUGUCACUGUCCCUUUCACGAGGGUUUCUACUAUCUCCCUGUCACCAGCUUUGAAAUUCCAAAUCUGUCUAUUCCAUCUUGGUUCACCAAAGGCAAUUACCGCAUAAAAAUUGUCGUCAGCCACGAAGACCAGGAGAUUGGUUGCGCCAAACUCACUCUCUCUCUAUCAGGUUCUUAUCUCUAAAGAAAACAAGGGACCACAAAAGUAGAUAUGGGACAACGAAUAUGGCUUCCAUGAUAAGUUGACAUAAUCACAAAUGUUAUACUGUAAAUGAUAAAUAGAAUGGACUGAGGCCUUUAAAACUUUAUUUUACUUUUACAUAUUAUUACUUUUUACUAACAGUACCAAGGUAAAAGUUUAUUAACCUGGUGUUUUAACAUUUUUUAUGUGUACAUGUAUAUAGUAAG